UGUUUUUUUUAUUAUAUUCUCUUGGCAUACACCUAUUUUUUUUAACAUCAUUCAGUUUGCUACCAUAGUAAGAAGCAGGAAUAAGUGUUCAAAAAAAAGCAGGAAUAAAAAAACUAUCGUUUGACUGAAAUCACGGAGACAACUAAAAUCCCCUUUCUCUGCCAUUCUCUCUACCGGCUGUGAUUUGGAUAAGUGCGGCCAUGGGUUAGAUAAGGAACGCGGCAAGCUGCUCAACCUCGUCAUGUACGGCGGAUAGCGGGUAGCGGCCGUGGCGACGGGGCUGGAGGUUGGUGGCGCGGAGGAGGCGGUGACGCAGCUGACAGAGGGCACACUGGUUCGUAGAUUUCCCGGACGAACUCAUGCGUGUUCAUCUUCCAAGCUGGUUGUACCAAAUCGAGUGGGAUGCGUGUCCAUCACGAAAGCUUGUAAGUGCGUUCUCUUGGAGCCCAGUUCUGACCGAGGCGUGGGCCGCGCGUUCGAGCUACUGCUGUUGCGCCGGCACCAGCAAGGCCGCAUCUCGCGUCGCUAAUCUGGAAAGGCGGAUGCCAGUCACCAGGGAGGUCACGGGUGCCGGGAAAGAGAACUUUGGCGCUGCGUUGAAAGGCCUCUUGUUCCUUUUUCGUCCCAGCCCGAGGAAGGGCAACAGGUAUGAAUCUCUUUGUAUUUGUAAGCUCCCACAUCAUUUCUACUUCGUCAGGUAUAAAUUAAAAGAUUUGGUUUCUUUGACCCCUUACUUAUUGGCUUUCUUUUGAACCGAGUGAAGUAAUAUUUGACUAAAGACCGGCUUGUGUGGUUGAUGUGCUAUAUUUCUUUGUGAUACAAUGUGUUAAUUAUUGUUCCUUGAUGUGCUAUAUUUCUGUGCGAUAGAGUGUGUUCAUUACUGUUCCUUGAUGUGCUUGAGAUGCAAAGUUUUCCUCAACUAUGACUGAAAGUGUUGAUGCAGAGUUGGAUAGGGUGACUAUCUAAAUGCUUAGUCGUUUGCAGACAAUUUAAUACUCCCUCCGUAAAUUACUAUAAGACGUUUUUUUUACUCUAUAUGACAUUGUCAAAAAAAGGUGUUAUAUUAAGUUACAGAGGGGGUAGCACAACAGAAUCCGAUUUGCAUAUCUCGUUGAUACUGAGUAGAAAUUGUAUUCUUGUCGAUUAAGGUAUUAGAAAAAGGAAUUUGAACCAAACUCUGCGUAAACCAUGUAUCAAUCCUAAUGGGCAGGUAUAGGCCCUAGGGUCAUGAUGCGGGUCCAUUUUUAUCACCUAGAAAACUACUGGUUCAUAUCAUUUUUCUCAAGUGAAAUAUCAUGUACAUGUCAACUACAUAUAACACGGAUGGGCUGUUGGCUAGGACUUAUCGCCGACAAACUUCGAUCUCGUCGCCGGUGACCACACAAUGGAUCCAUGAUGAACCUCUACUCUUCUUCUCGAUUUUCUUAAUUUUAUUGUGCCUCCUCUGGUCAAGGCCUCAAACCCUAACCGGUGUGAUGUAGAUGGAGGCGCUAUUGCAGUUGCAGCGUGGACUGCUUGGCGCGGUGGUUCUCAUGUGAGAUGUGGCGGAGUAGGAGACAUGUAUUAAUCCCUUUGUAUUCUCUCAUCAUUUUCUACAUUCUCCUCUUGGCAGUAUAUAUGCGUGUUAUAAGUUGAUUUAUUUAGUUCAUCUGCAAAAUGUAUUUCAAAGGUAACGUGCUGGAUUUAAACUUUGAUUUCUAAAGCGUCUAUUUUUACAAUGAACCACUAAAUAUGUAAGUGUAAUUAUAAUUUAAUUAGUACAUUUCCUCAUACAUAUUUUUUGUAUGGAUUAUUUAGAGAAUGUGGAUCGUAGAGUUAUUAUUUCAAUUUCCAUUGAUCUCCCUUCUGAUUUUGUAGGGGUUAGAGCUUACAUUUUUUUCUCCAGUGGACAUUCUACCCAACUUAAAAUAUUGUUUCUUCAACACUUCCGUAGCAUGCAGGAUCAAUAAGUGAAGAAAAUUACAGAUGUAGUAGUUAAUCUUAGAGGAUUAGAUGUGCCUUUACCUUCUCAACUUUCUGGUUUAGUUACAACAUCCGAAGCCUAUCAUCAGGCACAAUUUAUAGCGUAAUUUUUUUGGUGAAGCUCAGAUUAUUAAUUUUUUAGAUUGAAUCUAACAUAAGUCUUGUGCCACAUAUUUGGUGUAUAAUCUUUGGGUUUCUUCAGAUUUCUCAUCCAAUGAGCUGUGAGGUGUAUCACGGAGUAUGGAAUACUGAUUCAUGAAUUUCCUGAACCGAUGUGGUGUGGAUGGAGGCGCUACUGCAGUUGCAGCGUGGACUGCUCGGCGCGGUGGUUCUCAUGUGAGAUGUGGCGGAGUAGGAGACAUAUUUCUCAUCCAAUGAGUUGUGAGGUGUCUCAUGGAGUAUGGAGUACUGAUUCAUGAAUUUCCUGGACAAAAUCGUCCUACUGGGUUUAAGCUUUUUGGUGCCGGGUCAUCAAUGCCAGGGCGGGGUAUGGCAGAAAAUAAUGGCCGGCUAAUGGAGAAUGGUUGGAUCUGAGGCACAUGACAAAGGGGGCACUGUGUCUAUGUGCAGGCGGCCUAUGAGUUGUUGCCCUCAUUGCUAGUGAUGUUGGACUCCUACCAAAUGUCUUAGAGACUCAUUAUCCAGGAAGAGUGAUGAUGACAUAUAUUGGAACUAAUGCAGUACGUGAUUUGUCCGGUUUCAUGUCACUCUAGUAAGUUCUUGUAAUGAUCUCCUAUAAAACAUUUGUUCUUCUAGUGUUCCUUGAGUACUCCUAUCCCGAUCACUUUUGUUGAGUUUUUUCUACCAAGUGCCUAUGCAUAUUUGGAGUAAAUAAGAAAAAAUGAUCUUUGCAUCAGCUUGACUUUAAUGCGAGUACACCUAAAUUUUGAUCUCAACCAUUGUAAAUAUAUAAUCAGCAGUGCACAUUGUUUUGUUAACUUCGAUGGAUGCCAUGGAUCGGUUCCUUCUUGGAUCUCACAUUGCUGUUUCCUUCAAAACUAUCUUCAAAAGUAAUAACUUUUUAUUGGCAUUGUAUGUAUGAAAGUUUAUUAGAAAUUUAGAAUUUCUUUGCAGGAGAUUAUUGUUAGACUAUACUUGCACUCAUUAUCGCGCAUGUGCUCAUAUCCACUCCUGUACGUAGCACAUACGCUAGGUAGUUGAGGUUGGAUCGUGCUGCCUGCCCUCUGUCGUAGUGGCGCACGAUCCCAGGUCGUGGAACUCCCCCAUGAUCUCCAGGCGGGGCUGUAAACUGUAUAUAAUCCCUGCCCAUGAGGCUAAUCAGAGUGUGGUGUGUUUUCCCCCUAAUCCUCACUCAAACAUGGUAUCAAAUAUUUCUGAUCCCGCUUCCGCUCCCAUGGAGCACGACGACGGCGACGCUCCGCCUGCUGUCCCCCUCGCCGCCGCUCCACCUGCAGUCCCUCCUGCUCCUGCGCCACCUGCUCCUGCAGUCCCUGCUGCUCCCGCGUCACCUGCACCAGCCCUCGCCGUGGCAACCGCCCCAGUCCCGCCUGCUGCUCUGCCUGCGUCGGCCAUGGUGGCCGUGGCGCCCCCACCUCCCUCCAUCCCCUCGUCGGUGCUGCAAACCGUCGACAUCCGCCGCCAUGUUCCAGUCACGCUGGACCUCCUCGCCGGCAACUACACCCAAUGGCGCCGCCACUUCGACGCCGUCAUCGGGAUGUUUGGGCUCCGCGACCAUGUCGAUCCCGAGGCGCUCCCCCGUCUCGACCACCCCGAGUGGCUCAUGGCCGACCAUGUCGUCGUGCACUGGCUCUACACCACCAUCGCGCCGGAGCUCCUCGAUGCCGUCAUGCACCCCGAGGACACGGCGAUCGCCAUGUGGACCGCCAUCGACAGCCUGUUCCGCGACAACCACCUCGCCCGCGCCGUCUACGUCGACGCCGAGUACCACGCCGCCGUCCAGGGAGACAUGUCGGUCAUGCAGUACUGCACCAAACUCAAGAACUUCACCGACCAACUCCGGGACCUCGGCCAGCCGGUCACUGACACGCGCCAGGUUUUCCACCUCCUGCGCGGCCUCAACCGUCAGUACCACUCCGUCAUUCCCCAUGUGACGUCGCAGGUGCCCCUCCCCUCCUUCCUUCAGGUGCGCUCCUUCCUCCUUCUGGAGGAACACCGCGCCGAACAGUCUGCUCGGCUGCAGUCCACUCAUGCCCUGGUAGCUGGCCGCGGCUCUCCAUCGACACCGCCCACUCCUCCCAGCAACACCAACCAACAAGGGCGCGGGCGCGGGCGCCGCCGCGGCCGUGGCAAUGGAGGUCAGGGCGCUCACAUCGCUCCCUCGCCGUCGCCCUUACCUCGCCCUCCGGCCGUUCCCGCCCCUGCACCAGGCGCCAAUUCCUGGACAGGCCUCGUCCAGGCGUGGCCCAUGGCCUGGCGCGCGCUUGGUGCCGGCGUUCUCGGCCCGCGGCCUGGUACUCCGCCCCAGCAGGCUAUGUACGCCGCGCCCGCGCCAACGGCGCUCCCACUGCCCGUCUACGGCUCGCCUGGUGCCUACCCACCUGGCUACGCGCCCCCGCCCCACUACAACACCCCAGGGGCCGGGCCGUCGUCGUCUCCGUCACCAGCAUGGGACAUGGCGUCCCUUCAGGCUGCUCUCCACAGCGCCACCGCCGGGCCAUCCUCUUCUGGCACCUCCCAGGAGUGGUACCUCGACUCCGGGGCAGCCGCGCACAUGUCUUCGUCCCCUGGUAACCUCUUCUCUGUCCACCCCUCUCGAUCCGCUUCUCACGUCGUUGUUGGUAGCGGUGAAUGCCUACCCAUUACACACAUGGGCACCGGCUCUCUGAUCGGCGUCACCUCGCCGAUCCAGCUCCGCAAUGUCAUCGUCUGUCCUUCCAUCAUUAAGAAUCUCCUUUCUGUUCGUCAACUCUGUCGAGAUAACCCAGUAACUGUUGAAUUUGACGCGUGCGGUUUCUCUGUCAAGGACCUUCGAACUGACGAUCCUCCGAUGUGAUUCCGGCGGUGAUCUGUACCCCGUGGGCCGCCCGUCACCACUCUCGUCGUCUCCGUUCGCCGGCGUAGCCGCCACCGACCUGUGGCACCAGAGACUUGGUCACGCCGGCGCGUCUUCGCUAUGACAGAUCCCACUACACCCGUCACCUGAAUUCAGCAAGUCACACCCGCAUGUGUGCUCUGCCUGUCGUUUAGGCAAACACACACGACUACCAUUUCAGUCAUCUUCUAGUUUCAGUUUGUUUCCCUUUCAAACAUUGCACCUUGAUGUAUGGACGUCGCCAGUUGUAAGCAUUUCCGGAUAUCAGUUUUACUUGGUUGUGCUCGAUGACUAUACACACUAUGCAUGGACUUUUCCUCUGAAACACAAAUCUGAAAUUUUCUCCAUCCUGACAGAGUUCUUCGCGUACGUUCAAACUCAGUUUCAGCUCCCCAUCCUUGCGCUCCAAACAGACAAUGGGCGCGAGUUUGAUAACCACACCGUCCGUGCUCUACUUGCUCGUCACGGCACCCACUUCCGCCUCUCGUGCCCCUACACUAGCCAGCAAAAUGGCAAGGCUGAGCGUACCCUCCGAACUCUCAACGACGGCCUCCGCGCACUCCUCUUUCACGCUUCCAUGCCGCCGCGCUUCUGGGCCGAAGCUCUUAGCACUUCCACAUACUUGCUCAACCGCCGGCCAUGUCACUCCACUGCGCCGCGGUCACCACACGAGAUGCUUUUAGGCGUGCCACCCGACUACUCCCUCCUUUGCGUCUUUGGUUGCCUCUGCUUCCCCAACCUCACCUCGACCUCGCGCCACAAACUUGAUCGCCGAUCCACUGCGUGCAUCUUCCUUGGGUACCCCCCAGACCACCGCGGCUACCGGUGUUUCGAUCCCGCCUCUCGCCGCGUUUUCACUUCCCGGCAUGUGAUUUUCCACGAGGACGUGUUCCCUUUCGCCUCGCCGCCGGACGCCGCGUCAGCACCUCCGCCUGCGGCUCGUCUUUCACCCACUGUUGUGCAGGUGCCAACUCCUCCCUGCGUUCGCGCGCUGCCCGUUGCUUCGGACACGGCGGACAUGCCCGUGCAGCGUUCAGGCUCGCCCGCCGGGGGCUCGGCGGUCCACUCCAGUGGCUCCCCGCCCAGCGCGCCGUCCUCAGCUUCACAUACGGGCCCUGGGUCGGCCAACGACGGCUCCACUACGGGCACCUCUUCGUCAGGCACCUCUUCAUCGAGCACGGACGUCUCCUGUCCGCCGGUCGUCGCGCCCCCACCGCCACCACCGACGCGUGCGGUCACCCGCGCCCAGCGUGGGAUAUUUCGGCCUAACCCGAAGUACUACGACGCCGCUGCUGCCACCACAACGGAGAUCUCGCCGGUGCCCAGCUCGGUUCGUGUGGCGGUGCGUGAUCCCAACUGGCUCGCCGCCAUGCGGGCUGAGCACGACGCACUUGUUCGCAACCGAACAUGGACGCUGGUGCCUCGGCCUCCUGGUGCCAACCUCAUCACCGGCAAGUGGCUCUUCAAGCACAAGAUGAACGCCGACGGCACGCUGGAGCGGUACAAGGCCAGGUGGGUCGUGCGCGGCUUCCGCCAGCGCGCCGGCAUCGACUACAGCGAGACGUUCUCUCCGGUCGUCAAGCCAGCAACGAUUCGCACGGUGCUCACCCUCGCUGCAUCUCGCGGCUGGCCGGUGCACCAACUUGACGUCUCCAACGCCUUCCUCCAUGGCACACUCGCCGAGGAGGUCUACUGCCUUCAACCUGCCGGCUUCGUCGACCCGCUCACCAUGUCUGCAGGCUCUCUAAGUCGCUGUACGGGCUGAAACAGGCCCCACGUGCCUGGUUCCUCCGCUUUGCCGGCUUCCUCGCCACUGUGGGCUUCGUGGCCACCCGCUCCGACUCGUCGUUGUUCGUCUACCAUCGCGGCGUGGACACGGCGUUCCUCCUCCUCUACGUGGAUGGCAUCGUGCUCACCGCCUCGUCUGCGGCUGUUCUUGAGCGCGUCGUCGCCCAGCUCACUGGUGAAUUUGCGAUGAAGGACCUCGGCGAUCUCCACUUCUUCCUCGGCAUUCGCGUGACACGCACGGCGGCCGGCUUCUUCCUGUGCCAAAAACAGUACGCGGAAGAGCUUGUCAAUCGCGCCGGCAUGGAAGCCUGCCGUCCUUCCCCGACGCCCAUUGACACCAAGGCCAAGCUGCCCGCGGCUGAUGGCCGUCGUGUGGACGACCCGUCCGCCUACUGAAGCAUCGCUGGAGGCCUGCAGUACCUCACCAUCACCCGCCCCGAGCUCGCCUACGCCGUCCAACAGGUCUGCUUGCACAUGCAUGCCCCGCGCGAGUGCCAUCUCACUUUGGUCAAGCGUGUGCUGCGGUACGUGCACGGCACGGCGUCCCUCGGUCUCCAUCUCCGCGCCUCGGCCACACUCGAUGUACGUGCCUUCACCGAUGCUGACUAGGCGGGCUGCCCCGACACACGCCGUUCCACGUCCGGCUUCGUCGUCUACCUCGGCGACGCGCUCGUCUCCUGGUCCUCCAAGCGCCAGGCGACGGUGUCCCGCUCCAGUGCGGAGGCCGAAUACCGCGGCGUCGCCAACGCCGUCGCCGAGUGCGUCUGGCUCCGUCAACUCCUCGGCGAGCUCCUGGCUCCAGUGCACAAGGCCACGCUGGUGUUCUGCAACAACGUGUCCGCCGUCUACCUCUCCGCCAACCCAGUGCACCACCGCCGGACGAAGCACGUGGAGCUCGACAUCCACUUCGUUCGCGAGCGCGUGGCGUUGGGCCAAUUCCGCAUCCUUCACAUCCCCACUCGGCAGCAGCUCGCCGACAUCAUGACCAAAGGCUUGCCCUCGGACGUUUUCUCUGAGUUCAGGUCCAGUCUUUGCGUCGCCGGUGACGACGUCACGACUGCGGGGGGGUGUUAGACUAUACUUGCACUCAUCAUCGCAUGUGCUCAUAUCCACUCCUGUACGUAGCACAUACGCUAGGUAGUUGAGGUUGGAUCGUGCUGCCUGCCCUCUGUCGUAGUGGCGCACGAUCCCAGGUCGUGGAACUCCCCCAUGAUCUCCAGGCGGGGCUGUAAACUGUAUAUAAUCCCUGCCCAUGAGGCUAAUCAGAGUGUGGUGUGUUCCCCCCUAAUCCUCACUCAAGCAAUUAUAAAUUAAGACUUGUUUAGAUGGAAAUAUCUAAACACACAUCGAGUCAGCAAAGGUUACCUAAUUAAAUUUGAUGUCUUGUUGUCUGCCUUCUUUUGAUGCUAGCUGGGUGCCAAAACGUCAUAGGAGCGUACUGGAUGCAUCAUGUCUUUGAUCCUACGGCAUGCCAGAAAGCAUAUUGGAUAGGCUGCAGUCUUGCUUUCGAUCUACCCGGCGUCCGAGCGACGCUUGUGUUCGAACCCAUCAUGUUUCUGCGCAUGCAUUGGGAGUUUCUCUCUUCUUCAUGUGUUAUGACGUCCUUGUGUAAUUGUGUUUGUAGAUGCCUAUGCUUGCAAGAAAUCAAUCAGGCCAUCUGAAAAUCAAGUAGAAAGAAUUGAUCAAAUUGUACUUUGCCUGUGUGAAACCCAUGUGUCAAUCAGGCGUGGGCUUCAAAGCAGUCUUUUGGAAUCUCCCUUCUGCCCGGAAGUUUACAUCCUCAGCCAAUAAUUAGAUUAGUUUGGUUCUCUUUAAAAAAAAAAGAUUAGUACGGUUCCGUAUCUGAUUUCGAUUGUUGGUUCCAUAUCUGAUUCCGAUUGUAACUGAAAAAAAAUGUUUAUUGGUUAAUAAAGAAAGGAUUGUUUAUUUGUGUA